CAAAACUGCUUCCUUCUUAAGUUGCCCUGCUUCUCUUCCCUAGUGAAAUAAAAAUGGCGACUUUAACAGGAAUUACCCGAAGCUCUCUCAAAGUUUUCUCUCAACCGCAACUUUAUCCUCAACCCCUACUGUUCUUUUCCAAAGGAUUCUCUGCUAAAGUUUUUGUCAAAGGUUUAUCUUUCUCCAGUACAGAGAAGAAAAUAGCUGAAGCAUUUUCAGAAUUUGGAGAGGUCAUUGAAGCUAAAAUAGUAAUGGACAAAGCCAGAAAGAGACCUAAAGGUUAUGGGUUUGUAACCUUCGCUAAGAAGGACGCCGCUGAGAAGGCUUGUGAGGGAAUGAAUGGGAAGCUGCUAGAUGGACGAGCCAUUUAUGUGAGGUUUUGAAUUUACUAGCGCAACGCCGCAGGAGCCUCCGUUCAAAGACGGAUACUUUUUUUCGACGCUGGAUUGCUUGUAAAUUGAGAUUAAAUCUCUCGGUUAACAAUUUCAAGGAUGACAAAAGGUGAUCUCGCUCAAAAUCAAAGAAAAUUAUAAUUUUAGUUUCCA